GGGCGGGGCGGGGCCGAACCGAACCGGGAGCUCCUGGCGCUUGCGGCCGCCGAUUGGCAUCACGGCACCAUCGCCCCGCCUUUCCGGCCUGAGCGACAGACAGGGGCCGGAGCCAAUCGGACGGCGCGGCGGUUCGGUUUCUUUAUUUUCCAUCCGGUGGGCGCCGCGGUGGUUCUGGAAGGAUCCAAAGAUCAGGGCCCGGUCGGGCGCGGGCGAGAUGUCGGGGCUGCUCCACACAACGCUGAGCGGGCUCAACAGCGACUCCUACUGCGAGAUCAGCCAGUACCGGGACCAGCACUUCCGGGGUAGCCGGCAGCUGCAGGAAAAGUCCCUGAAAAUUUCCUCUACGCUGUAUGUUGGCAACCUGUCCUUCUACACCACUGAGGAGCAGAUCCAGGAGCUCUUCUCCAAGUGUGGGGACGUGAAGAGGAUUGUCAUGGGGCUGGAUAAGAUCAAGAAAACUCCCUGUGGCUUCUGCUUUGUCGAGUACUACACAAGAGCAGAUGCUGAGCACGCGAUGCGGUUCAUUAACGGCACGCGACUCGACGACCGCAUCAUUCGAACUGACUGGGAUGCAGGGUUUAAGGAGGGGAGACAGUAUGGAAGAGGAAAAACUGGAGGACAGGUGCGAGAUGAGUACCGGACAGACUACGAUGUGGGAAGAGGUGGCUUUGGCAAGAUCAUUCAGAUGCAGAAGGCAAAUCAUCAGCCUGCAAUCUACUAAUUGCCCUCUUGGGUCCUAGAUUGUAGAGGGCUCUGUCCUUCCAGAGCUAGCCCUGUUUUUCCAUUUUGGAUUGGGGCAGGGAGUGAGAUCCAAGUUCUAUAAAAGGUGACCCUCCUUAGUCUGUGGAUAUACUGUGUAUUCAUUCCCCUUUCCUUCUGGGAUAGAGAAGAUAUUCUGUGCUGAUACAGGGCAACAAGGAAAAAAAAUGGACAGCUCUGCAGGAUUCUGGGUAAGAAGAGGCUCAGCUUGUAACACACACCUCGUGCUAUGACAUUCUUUAUGUUGCAGCUAAGCAGGUGGCUUCCUUCAGCUGUGACUGCAGCCGUGAUUGCUCUCAAAUGGAUCUUCUUAAAAUCUUACCACCAUGGGAGACCUCCAGUGCCUGGGUCCCUUGUGGGGAUACACAAGAGAUUCAGGAUUUUAAUUUGCAAGCUUAUCUGCUCAGAAGCAGUAUUACUGUUUGGAUGACUGAAGUGGAACAAGGUCUUAACAUCACCCUGGAGGUGCCUGUCUGGCUUGGCCAGAGCCUGCAGAGCAUUUCUUUUUAUGAUGUCCCUAGUGCUGCCUGGCUUUUCCACAUCUUCACUGUUCAGCAUGAUUUUGUUAAAGAGUUUAUUUUAAUUUUUUAAAUAAACAGUAGUAUUUGGUCUGGCUGAGAUGAAGUUCAUUUUC